AUGAGAAAUUGGCACAAGCUAAACCACCCCAAUGUCAAUCCUUUCUAUGGAUGGGCUAUGGACAAGAUAUCGUUCGGGGACAACCUUUGUCUUGUCUCAGGUUUCUGCGCGAGAUACAGCGUUUCGCGGUACCUCCGCUCGGAACCCCACCCCGACAGGUGGAAGAUAAUUAUUGAAAUUGCCGCUGGUUUAUGCUAUUUACAUCAAAAUUCCAUAAUUCAUGGGGAUCUCAAGCCAAACAAUGUAUUAGUCGAUGCCGAUGGGAAGGCUCGGCUUUGUGAUUUUGGAUUAUCUAUUGCUCUCAGUGACAAACUUACUCGUCCCGACGAACCAAGUCGAUUCUACACUCCAGCAUAUUUGGCACCAGAGAUGCUGGAGGAUGAUAAUGACUCCGAGAAUGGGUGCCGUCCACCAACAAUUCAAAGUGAUGUAUGGUCAUUUGGUUGCACCGCCAUGCAAGUGAGUCCGCUUCCUUGA